GGCGGCGGCGGUGGUGGCAGCGGGUACAGUGGCGGCGGCGGUGGUGGCAGCGGGUACAGUGGCGGCGGCGGCAGCAACUUCGGAGGACAGAACAACCUUGGGAUCGUGUUCUCCACCAACAACCUGGACGCCAUCCCAGGGACCCCCGGCCAGGACUACCUCUUGCUGGCCUCCGUUCCCUUCACUGGCUUCGUCUGUGACUCUCUGCCGGGUUACUACGCCGACACUGACCCCUCUGCUCGCUGUCAGGUAUUCCACAUCUGUCAACACGGCGGCAGGAUGGACUCUUUCCUCUGUCCCAACGGCACCGUCUUCAACCAGGAGUACUUCGUGUGUUACUGGUGGUUCAACUUCGACUGUUCUUCAGCUCCUCGGUACUACGGCCUCAACGCUGACAUCGGGAAAACAGACAACACCAACUUCUUCUCCGGGAACAGCAUUGAUGGUGGUGGCGGCGGGAACUAUUAA